AUGGGAAGGCUAGACGGCAAAGUCAUGAUUGUGACGGGGUCAGGAUCUGGGUUUGGCAGGGGACGGGAGAAAUACCAUGCUGACAAUGCGCCAAUAUCAUGUCUGAAGAUCGUGCAAAAAGCCCUCUCAGAAGGCGCCCUCGUCCUCGGCAUCGACAUCAACCAGCCCGGCAACGACGCGACACUCGACUCCCUCCCCACCACCCUCUCACAGAAUUUUUGCCCAUUUACAGGAAGCGUCUCGCACGAACAGACGUGGCGCGACGCCCUCCAGAUGUCUCGCGAGAAAUUCUCCGCCCUGCCCGACACGGUGGUCAACUGCGCGGGCUACGUGCACCUGGGCGCCGACGCGCACGCCGUGCCCGAGGACGACUUCGACCGCGUCUGGCAGGUCAAUGUGAAGCCGCUGUACCUGACGGUGAAGGUGGUGGUGCCGUGCUGGAUCGCCGGCAAAGUGGCGGGGCAUGUCAUCAACAUUGGGAGUAUUGGGUCGAGGAGGCCGAGGGCCAGCACCAUCUGGUACACGGCGAGUAAAGGCGCUUUGGAUACGGUGCGUGCGUAUCAGUUACUGUCUUUCCUUGUCCGGUCUUUGUCCAGUCCCACGGUUUUCUUUGAAACCCAGGUUGUUUUGGAUGGGUAG